UGCCCCUAUUCUAGGUGCCGAUCUCUCUCUCUCUUUUUUUUUUUGAUCUCUCUCUCUUUGCUUCACACCAUUUCAUUACCUUCACUACUUCCAUAGCCAGCUUCUUUUUAUUCUAUGCAUUUAGAAACCAAUCACAUUCCUCAAAAGAUCACAUUUUCCAGUAGCAAAAUAUCACAUUUUUCACUUGAUUGGAUUUUCAAACUUCAUCUCCCAACUCUAUGCCCUUUUUCACCCUCUCUGAACCACAAGAGCUCAUCUCAAUUUCAAGAAUCACUCACCUCAUUUCCCCUCAGCCGUUUGAAGGAACCCUUUUGAGUUCUUGAAUCACUUCACAAAAAGAUUCAAUCUUUCAAGAAACCUUUUGAAUUCUCGAUCUUUCAAGAAACCCAAUUCAUUUCUCUCAUCACAUCACAAAAAAGAUUCAAUCUUGGCCCAAUUCUUGAAAAAAUGGGCGACGCGGCGGAGAGAAGCGGCGGCCGAUUCGGAGACACGGGAGUGAUAGAGCUGACAGGGAAGAUAUUGGUGGUGGCGAUCGUCCUCCUCUUCUUCGUCGUGGUGUUCGUCUUCUGCCUCCACCUCUACGCCAAGUGGUUCUGGUACCGCCGCCAAGAAACCAGCACAACCACCGCCACACGCCGCCGCCGCCUCGAAUUCCACCAAGACGCUCCGCCGCCGCCCUCCGCCCUCCGCCGCGGAUUGGACCCUUCCCUCCUCAAAACCAUACCCAUCACAAUGUUCGAUCCAAAAGAGUUCAAAGAGGGGUUGGAAUGCGCUGUGUGUCUGUGUGAAGUCUGUGAGGGUGAAAAGGCAAGACUUUUGCCCAAAUGCAACCAUGGAUUCCAUGUUGAUUGCAUUGACAUGUGGUUCCAAUCACAUUCCACCUGCCCUCUCUGUCGAAACCCCGUGGCGAACUCCUCGGAUUUCGCCACGGAUGAUGCCGAGGAGGGUGUGAUUCAAGCUCCAGUGGUGGAGAAUUCGGUUGUUGCAAUUGAGAUACCUAAUUUCCCAACCAAUGUGUUGAUUUGGGGGAAUGAGACUCAAGUCAGCACCUUUGGCCCUUGUGCUGAAGAGGGCCAUCAAGGCAAUGCAGAGACCUCGAGCUCAUCAUCACCGUCGUCUUCGUCUUCGUCUUCAAUGGCUUCCACGAGUAGUGGGGCUGAGGAAGACGAGCAGAAAUCCGCAGUCCCAACGAGGCUGAGGUCGUUGAAGAGGCUGCUUAGUGGCAGUAGAAGGGUGAAUCCUUCUAGUCCUAGAUAUCUUGAUCUUGAACAAGAAGUUAGAGGCUUGAGUUGAUUGAUAUAUGGUUCAAAUAAUGAGCUUUGAUAUGAUUAUGGUUCAAAAAUUUUGAGCUAUGAUUUGCUUAGAGGCUUCACUAUUUGUUGAUGAUGGAGAGGUUGUGAGAUGGAUAAUUUGUUCUAUUUCCUUUGAUUCUUGAAGCAUAUGAAUUGGAAUAUGCUAAAAUUGUUGUAUAAAUAUAUAGGUUGGCUUCUCUGUUUGAGGGAGGAGAUGUUGCCUCAUCCUCUAACAGAAGAGUGUUUGGAUAGAAAUCUUGUCAAUGUAAUAGCUAUCUAUGUAUUAUUCAAAGAUCUUAUUAUAUCUAUCAAGAUUAUUCAAGUUUGAUUCUUUGCCU